AUGCGCUUUAGCGGACGCCCACGAGGAUUUUGUGAGCGCAUUGACACCGGCCAACUGGAGAAGCCAGCUGUUCUGAAUGCCUAUCAAAGUACGCUGCCAUGCGAGUUGGAUAAACGCUCACUGGAUGCAAUUGAAGCGCACUGGUCUCAUAUUCACCAAAUGUUAUUAGCAGCAGCAAAAUCCUCAUGUGGUGUGUCUAAUCGCCAACAAGGACAUUGGGUCUCUUCACAAUCUCUGGAAUUUAUAGAUGCUCGCCGGCAUAUUCCGGCUAGAAGCGAACACAAUGAAACUCGCAAAGAGCUCCGGGUAAAAGUCCGUGCUAGCCUGAAGAGAGACCGCGAAUCCUGGUGGUCUCAUCGUGCAUCAGAGAUGGAAAUGGCCGCUGCCCUUCGUAACCAUCAUUUCUCGCCGGCCACUGAUCGCCCCACUCCCUGGGCUGCCCCUUUGGAUCCACCCUCUCGCUCAGAAGUCGAACAUGAGAUCAAACUGUUGAAGUUAAACAAAGCCGCGGGACCUGAUGACCUUCCUCCAGCCCUCUUCAAAUUCGGGGGACCUGCUCUUGUGGAUGAUUUACACGAGUUGCUAGUGAGACUGUGGGAGCAGGAAACUGUCCCAACCGAUUGGAGCCGCUCCGUCAUAGUCCCAGUUUUCAAAGGAGGCUCACGAUCGGAAUGCGGCAGCCAUAGAGGAAUCAGUCUGAUCUCCAUUGCCUCAAAAUUGCUUACCUCUGUCAUCAUUCACCGACUGACUGGCACUCGUGAAAGCCAGAUUCGUGAAGAGCAAGCUGGAUUUCGUCGAGGUCGUGGCUACAUUGACCACAUCUUCACCGUGCGUCAGUUGUUGGAGUACCUUCACAUAUAUUGGCGGCCCACCGUAGUCGUGUUCCUCGAUAUCAAAGGUGCAUUCGAUUCGGUGGAUAGACGUGCACUUUGGGACAGUCUACUCAGGAAAGAUGUGCUUGAGAAAUAUGUAAAUAUUAUCCGAGCAUUAUAUGCUCGUAGCACGCGCAGAGUGAGGGCUUACGGCAAGUUGUCGUCGCCCUUUAUUAUCUCCAGCUGCGUGAGACAAGGAUGCCCGCUGUCACCUUUCCUCUUCAACUUCGCUGUUGACAAAGUCAUGGAAAUCGCGUUCACAAGACACGACUUUGAAGGGGUGGAUCUGCUCCCAGGAGAACGACUUCUUGACUUAGAGUAUGCUGAUGAUAUUGCCCUGACCUGUGAGAGCUCACAAACGUGCCAAGCGGCACUGGACAGAUUAGCACUAGCUGUCCGUCAAUUCGGGCUUUGUUUCGCACCCUCGAAGUGCAAAGCGUUCCUCCAAGAUUGGUCUGGACCGCCUCCUACGCUGACCCUUGGUGGUGAUCAGCUAGAAGUCGUUCAAAAAUUCAGCUACCUGGGAAGUUGUAUAAGCGCCAGUGGAUUGAGGAUGAGAACGAAUCGUAUAGCAAAAGCUCGGGGCGCUUUUGCUAACCUUCGACACUUGUGGCGCCGGCGCGACAUCACUCUUGCCCUGAAGGGUAGAGUGUACAAUGCAGCAGUACGUUCGAUCCUACUGUACGGUUGUGAAACCUGGCCACUUAAAGCAGCGGACCUGAAGAGGCUAGUUACGUUCGACCACCGGUGCCUUCGUAAUUUAGCUCACAUCUGGUGGGAACACCGCGUGAGCAACGAGCGUAUUCGGCGCCUCGUUUACGGCACAGGAAAAGGAAAUGAACCGCUCAGCACCGUUAUUUCACGCAUCAGGCUCCGAUGGCUCGGCCACGUGUUACGCAUGCCAGCCCACCGACUCGCGCGACGUGCGUUGUUUGCGGGACGGGGGUGUGGAUGGAAGAAGAGUAGGGGUGGCCAAGCGUUGAAUUGGUCGAGAGGAAUGAAGGCUCUCACUUCUGAGCUGUCCUCGGUUAGAGCGUCUCGGCUCCCUGGUUGGGGUCCGAAAGACGAUGAACAUGUUUGGUUGGACACACUUGCUGACAUGGCAAGGAGCCGACCUCAGUGGCGUUCGUGCUAUGAGUUUCUUUGUCCCACCCCAUCCUCUUAG